AUGGCGGGCCCCAUCUGGCCUGGUGCUGGGGGUGUGGCCAUUUUCCGUCGCUUCAAGUUCUCUUCACAUUCGCCGUACGAUGUCAGUGGGACGAGAACGUCCAUGAGAUUGCAGAGCAGAAAGGCGGGACCAGAAGCGGAUAUAUGCCACACGACAUAUCCCCCGGUUAUAAAAGUUACCAAUGCGACCUUCUACCGUGAAUAUCCCACCGCGGAUUCAGUCAAGAAGGACAACGCUCCCCUGUACCCGAACCUGACCUUUUCGCUUAAGUCUUACAAAGUUCCGACGAAAGCUGGAGAGUAUUCUUCCUUGGAGCAUUGCGCCGUCAUAGGCUCGUCGGCCAAGUCCAGUUUUCUUGACAUUCUUCGUGGUCGAUAUAUCUGCGUCCCACCAACUGCACGCUCAUAUCCGUACCUUUUAUCUCCCGGAGCGCGUGCGGAAGUUUCUUCGUGCGAUGCGGCUCAUGCGAUCCAGUAUGUUGGGUUCAAUGGUGACCAAAAACAAAGUGCUGGGGGGAUCCGUGGUUCGUACAUGAGCGCGAGGUAUGAAAGUAGGCGCGAGGAGACGGAUUUUACACUUCUGCAGUAUUUAAAAGAUCAGACUUCGCUCAAUCCGCUGGUAAGGGAAAAGGAAGAUCUGCGUGAGGGCGGAAGCAUUAAGACUUCCGAAAGCGAUGAGCAUUUGAAUCAAAUCAUUCGAGAUUUCCAAUUGCAGGAGCUUCUUAAUAUGCCCGUAUCGAAUUUGAGUAAUGGGCAAACAAGGCGGGCGAGGAUUGCGAAAGCCAUUCUUAUGAAACCAGAAGUCCUUCUUCUGGAUGAGCCUUUUAUGGGUCUGGAUCGAUCCGCUGUCCCGAAUUUAAGCCGCCUGCUGUAUCUGGCUACUUUAAAUAGGGGUCUUCGUAUGGUCCUAGCUUUAAGACCACAGGACCCAAUUCCCCCAUGGGUCUCUCAGAUAAUCCUCCUAGUCCCAGAUAAUACUGUUGCCCUUCAAGGCACCCGUGACGAGGUAUUUCGAUCCCUCGAGGUGUGGCAGGCCGUGGCCUCCCGGGAAGCCAAAACCACUUUCUCAACAACAAUUGGCGAGGAGAAUUCUCGAGUCUCAUGGACGAGCUUGGCGCAUUCAGGUCCGGUUGAAUUGAUGCCUCGCAGCAAUGACGAGGAACGAAGGUACCAGCUACUGCCAUUUCCUCAGCGAAUGGAAUAUGACAAACUAGAGCAGCUACGUGAAAAUGGCCGAUUUGGUGACUAUGCCAACAUUCUACAUGAAAUGGGAAAGCUAUAUAAGCAACCUGAGAAAAUAGAAAAAAAGGUAGCCCAUUUGGGGGAACCAAUCGUGGAGAUGGAUGGUGUUCGUGUCAAAUAUGGCGAUAAGGUGGUAUUAGGGGGCUGGACUCAAGUAAUUGACAGUGGCAUGACAAAGAAAGGGCUUUCCUGGAAGGUUCAUCGAGGACAGCGAUGGGGAGUGUUUGGCUCGAACGGCUCGGGAAAGACAACUCUCAUCUCACUAAUCACCUCAGACCAUCCACAAACGUACUCGCAACCUGUCCAACUGUUUGGCCGCUCCCGUCUUCCCGAACCAGGAAAGCCUGGCAUAUCAAUUUUCGAUUUACAAUCUCGCAUUGGCCAUUCGUCCCCGGAAAUCCAUGCCUUUUUCCCUCGCCACCUUCCCCUCCGCGCCACCAUCGAAUCAGCCUGGGCUGAGACCUUCCUCUCGAAGCCAAAAGUCACGCCUGAACGAAUCAUGGACAUAGACUCAGCAUUGCGAUUUUUCGAAGCAGAUCUAAACCCCAAUUUCAGCCCAUGCCACGAUCCAAUGCAAGCAACCACCGCUUGGGCCGAUUCUUUCACCUUCUCCUCCCUAACUCCCGCCCAGCAGCGGGUCGCGCUCUUCCUGCGCGCCAUCAUCCAUAAACCAGACUUAAUCAUCCUCGACGAAGCCUUCUCCAGCAUGGGGUCCUCCCUACGCGACAAAUGUCUCCACUUUCUUGAAGUAGGUGAGGACCAACACAUGUCCAGCAGCGGCACCAGGAGAACACCUAACUACGCGAAUGUGUGGCAUUUGCCCCCACCACUGUCAUCGACGGCGCCAAAACUACGCCACACUGGGAUCUCCGAUCAUCAAGCGCUGAUCGUCAUCAGCCAUGUGAAAGAGGAGGUUCCUGAUAUCGUGAGCCAGUGGAUGCGCCUGCCGACGCCGGCUAGGACAACGGAGAAACCGUUCGUGUCCGACGAGGCAGCGGAUCCGGUGAUUGAUUUUCAGAUUGGUCAAUUGGCUGCUCAUGAAUCCGUGGCAAUGCAUGCGUGGGAGAUGAUUUGGAAUACAUCGGCGGAGAAAAGGGGGGAAUUCCAAGCAGGAGGAGUUGACAAAAAAGUGGGAGGAUGCUGUGUGUGA